CGCGCUACGUUGAUGUGACAGAUUUAAUAGCACCUGGAACACCCUUACUACUGUGCACAGGACUAUUUCCCAAAAAAGCAUAGCUCGAAUUAACGAGUUAGUUUCAGUUUAGUUCCAUUGAUGUUCAAAUCUGAUUAUCUAGUUCCAAAGAAACGAAGCGGGAGUUUAAUACGAAGAAUACACGCUUGAAAUUGCUUGGAACAUUUAUUGGAAUUUAACGCACACAAUUGUUGUAUUUGCGAAAGAAGUUAGUUAUCCGUUUUCUCGUUUGGAAAGCCAUGGAUACCCUUCUGGACAAUUUCAGCUCGGAGAAACUUUUCCCAAAUUCCAACCUGUUGGACCUGGAGGAUUUGAAUGAGUCCGAUUUCCUCACCAACGUGCACUUCACAGACCACAUGGAGGACUUCUCCCAUGAACUGUUGAGCAGCUUUUUUGAUGAGCAGCUGCUGGCGGAGCAGAACCCGCUGAUGGACAUGGAGUUGGACACGCCCAGCCCCGACAUCCAGGCUGAGCACAGCUACUCCCUCAGCGGAGACUCCGCCCCCCAGAGCCCCUCCCAGCCAAUCAAGACGGAUGAAGACACAGAGUCAGAAGGCAUGUGGUCCUUUGGCCAGGAUCUGACUGCCGUCCUGGUGAAACAGGAGCCGAGCCUGCUGGCCGAUGCCCCGCCCCCAUCCUCAGCCCCGCCCUCCCCGGACCAGCCUCUCUGCCUGACCCCUCCCCCAAAGAAGAUCCUGCCGGAGGAAAAGGCCUCUAGAGGGCCGAAGGCUGUACGAGAGAUGAAAGCCGAACCUCCAGACGUGGGCCGGUUCCCUGGGAUCCCUUCAGACGUGGGCCGGUUACCUGGGAUCCCUCCAGAUGUGGGCCGGUUCCCUGGGAUCCCUCCAGACGUGGGCCGGUUCCCUGAGAUCCCUCCAGAUGUAGGCCGGUUCCCUGGGACUCCUUCAGAUGAGCAGCUGCAGCUCCCUCCCACCCCUCCCAGUAGCCAUGGCAACGGCAGUGACAGCGAUGGGUCCCAGAGCCCCCGGUCCCUGCCUCCCCCUAGCCCGGCCCAUCUGCAGGCCCGAACCUCAGCCGCCAUCUCCUCCUCGCCCCUCCUCACUGCGCCUCAUAAGCUGCAGGGUACCUCUGGACCCCUGAUUCUGACAGAGGAGGAGAAGCGUACACUGAUUGCGGAGGGGUAUCCCAUACCCAACAAGCUACCCCUCUCCAAGACUGAGGAGAAGGCACUCAAGAGGGUCCGCAGGAAAAUUAAAAACAAGAUUUCAGCCCAGGAGAGCCGCAGGAAAAAAAAGGAGUAUUUGGAAUGUCUGGAGAAAAAGGUGGAGUCAUUCACUUCUGAAAACAACCAGCUUUGGAAGAAGGUGGAAACCUUAGAGAGCACUAACAGGUCUCUGCUCCAGCAGCUUCAGAAGCUCCGGGUUCUGGUGGCUGGGAAGGUGCCUCAGUUGUGCAAGAUGGCCUCCACUCAGACUGGCACCUGUCUGAUGGUGGUGGCGCUGUGUUUCUUGCUGGUGCUGGGCUCCAUUAUGCCCUGUCUGCCCGAGUUCUCCUCUGUGACCCACACAGUGAAAUCCUCCCCACUCAUGUCGGCUGAAGUCUACACCGCCACUCAAAUUCGCUCUCGUACCCUCCUCUUCUACAACGAGGGCUCCCGGCUUGAGGAGAGCUGUGGAAGGUUCCUGAAGGUGGAGGAUGACAUCAGCCUCUCGGACGGCCAGCCGGACCAGGACACCCCAUCGGAACACGAAGCCGGAAAGUACCUGAGCCGGACCCAUGCAGAUUCCCAGGACUACAACCAGACUGGAGUGGAGCUCCCGCACGAGAAGGAACAGUAUCACAAGAGAGAGGGGAGUCCUGACGGCGGCGCAGAGUUCUUCUAACCCCCUGCGGAGCGGAACCGCCGCGCGUUUGCACAGCCUACCUCGGAACCCUGUUCCCGCCGGGCGUCCACGGCAACUUUCGCCACGGCAACCCCUUGUGUGCCCCGCCCCCCCAACUCCUACUUACAAGCCCCCUAACAAGGAGAUAGAGAACUGGAGAUGUAGUGAGACAGAGAGGUGAAGAGAUGGAAAAGCAGACUGGGAGGAGGAGAAAUAUCCUUACAUGCUACUCCAAGCAAAACCCCAAAAAUGUUAUUUUUUUAGUUUCUCCUUGCUGCUCAAAAGCCUGCUGAGGGCCGAGGUUGGGAGACGGGCCUGCUGAAUCUGUAAAAACACCAGUGCCUGUCUGAGCUCCGAGCGGGUGCACGUGGGCGGGACUCCUCCACACUGAAGAGACGCCACUGACAGGGCCGGCCGCCACAAGCAGAGAACGCCCAAAAUACGGCGGGGAACGACGGCGAUGAGGGAACUCCGGAUGAAGGGGAGGAGGACUCAUCCCCUUAUCUCCCAGAAACAAAUCUCAACCAGGUUCCUGCUUGUUCUCUGAGUGGCUGAUGAGCAGCCUGCCAGGCUUUUUCCCGCCUUCUCUGCUUUGAGCAGGCUCUGAACUCGCUCCUGCAGAGUGCUGUGGGAUCUUCAGAUGCAGCCGCUUACGGGCAGUAGGUCGGCGGCUAGACAUGGCAUUAAUGCAGUAAUUAUGCGGUUCAGUAAUUUUGCAGAGGUCAGGCCUGUUCAUUCCCACUUUCUCCAAUCAUGAAAUGGAAAGCUAUUGGAUUUAAUUACCUAAAAUAUUUAAUUACCUACGGUCUUAGUUGGAUUUAAUUGCAUACAGGACUGUUCUCAAUACAGUCUUAGUUGGAUUUAAAUACCUAAAAGACUGUUCUCAGUACAGUCUUAGUUGAAUUUAAUUACCUAAAAGUAGUGCAUUUGUAAAUAAUACUGGUUCAUUAUGACACUAUAAUGCAAAUUUUGAACAUCUGUUCCUUUGAUAUGUUUCAGGUUUUCAAUAGUUGGUGAUUUGGCAAAGGGCAAUCAAGAAAUAGAUUAUUAUUUUUUAAAUAAAGACCUUUUACUGACAAAAUAUUCACAUUGAAAUUAAUAAAAUAUUUUUAAGGACACAUCAAUUUAUUGUUUUGAAUAAUUUACUUCUUUUCUUUUCAAAACAAAGCCAGCCAUUGUGUCCUUGUGCGGGUUUUAACUUUUUCAUUGCGUUUUUCACAGGCGGAAAUGUAAAUACUCACCAGAUAUUGCAGCAGAUAGAAAAAUAUGUAACUUAUAUUCUGAAAAUAAAAAAGUAAAAACAAAUGCAAAAACACACACAUUGUGUGCACUGCAGGAACAUGUUUCCCUUUUUCUCCUUUUGAAAUAAGUUUCAAAGAUAGCUUGUGUGCUUGAUGCCAGAACCUCUGAGAGAAUAUCUGAGGCGGUCAGUUGUGUAUCUUGAGGCCAAUGCACUGGACUGCACAGAGUGAGUAAUAAUGGGAAGGUAGGUGUCUAAGUAGGCUCUUUCCAAACAGCGAGGGGGCGGGGGGUGCUCAGGGGUUUGGAUACGGACUUUGCCUCUGCUUUUUGUCUCUACUUUGCCUGGUGUUGUACUAGGGGUGUAAAAUGCACUGAUGCAGUGUGGUGCAUCAAUCUUACGGUGGUGAUUCAACUGUAUUUGGAAUGAUAGAAUCCACUAUAAUUAAUAACAAUUUCAAGAAGGCAAUGUGCUCAUUUAUCUGGCAAAAAUAAAAUUCAUAAGCUUUAUGUGCAAGAAGGGGGUCCUGCUAACGGUCCUUUUAACUAAUUGUUGGCUACAACUUUGCCA